CUUUUUGAACUUUCAGAAACCUAUACUUCACCUACUGUGAUGUUAGAACGCAAAAAUGUUUUUAUUUUAUUUGGUGGAAUUGCGAUCGGUAGUUUUGGAACAGCAUUGGUUUUUAAAUAUUAUAACAAAAAAUGUCGGAAAAGUACAAAUGCAGGAAGAUCAUUACUCAACAAAAUAUCUGAUGCAGAAUGCUGGCCAUUGACUGAUUAUGAAGCCUGCAAACCAAAGAUUAUUCAUGUUGUUUCUCAUCCCACAGAUUUUGACAGUAUAUUAUCAACAUUUAUAAUUGAUACCAAUGAUGUGAAAGUAUUGGGAUUUGAUUGUGAAUGGACGUCUUCAUCCAACGGUACAAAUCCAAUUGCAUUACUUCAAUUAACAACAUCAGAUUAUUCCUGUUAUCUGAUCAGACUAAACAAACUAAACAGUUUCAUUCCUAAAGAAAUAUUGAGUGUUUUGCAGAACAAAUCAAUUUUGAAGGUCGGUGUUGGAAUUAUGGACGAUGCUGCUAAACUAUUGAGAGAUCAUGGGAUUUCAGUGCAAGGUUGUUUAGAUUUGAGAGCUUUUGCUGCCAGAUAUCAAAUCACAGAGACUAGAGGCCUCCAAUCUAUGGCGAAAGAGUUGGUGAAAAUUAGCUUGAAUAAAUCACACCAUCUUAGAUGUAGUGACUGGGAUGCUGAAUCUUUAUCAAAUGAUCAGACGACAUAUGCUGCAAUGGAUGCAUUUUCUGCUUUGAAAAUAUUUGAAGCUUUACUACGAGUAAAAUUUGACGCAAGUCCGCCAUGUCAAGAAGAUAUAAAUAAGGCAGCUCACAACUUGGCAUGGACAUUUAUUCGAAGUUCAAUUCAAGGGCUUGUUGAUAUUACUUUCAAAGAGAAAAAACGGUUGAAAUCCACAAAAUGCGAAGAUUUGAAAUCAAAUAACAACGGACUUAAGAACAUGAAAGGAAUGCCGAAGAAUCCGAAAUUAUACAAAUCAAUGAAACCGCAUUCGACCAGGUUCCAUUCCAGGCAACAACCACUGUAUGACAACUGCAAGCUACAAGCACCUGAUGGUCAGUUAUUAUCAACUUGUGACAGGAAGAAAGCACUGUGGUAUAUGGAGAAGAACCUAGCAGAACUGAUCUGUGAAGACCCGCUCACUAUACGACUUUAUUUCGAACCAUCUGGACGUCCUGAUGAUGAUAGAGAUUAUUAUUUAUAUGAGAAAGAAAACAAAUGUGUUGUAUGUGGCUCCACUGAAUCGUUUGUGAGAAAAAACGUCAUACCUCACGAAUACAGAAAACAUUUUGCAUUAGCAAUGAAAGAUCAUACCUCACAUGAUAUUUUAUUAUUAUGCCUUCCAUGUCAUCAACAAUCAAAUUAUUACGAUUGUCUUUUAAGAAGACAACUUGCUGAAGAAUUUAAAGCUCCUCAGGGUUCUAUACAAGCAGCUAGAAUGUUUGAAGAUCCUGAGAGAAGAUCAGUUCGAUCUGCUGGCAGAGCUCUUCAAAAUUCAAAAAAUAAACUUCCAGAAAACAGAAAAAGAGAACUGGAUCUUAUUUUAGCUGAAUUUUUCAAUGUCGAUGAUGUAACAGAUGAAAUCAUUUCAGAAGCCUGUGAACUUGAAACAAGAGUAGAAAAUGAAGCAUAUGUACCUCACGGAGAGAAAGUUGUUCUUUCUAUUUUUAAAGAUCAAGGCACUCAGGGCAUGCUUGAUUUUGAAAGAAGAUGGAGGGAACAUUUUUUAAAGUACAUGCAACCAAAGUAUCUGCCUGUGCUCUGGUCUGUUGAUCACAAUCAUGCUAAAGUUAAGAAAAGAAUUAAUGAAAUGGAGGAUGAAUACAAAGCUAAACUUAAUUCCAAAGCAAUGUCAUUUGCUACAAAAUGAGGGCUGUUUUCAUACGAAAUGAAUUGGAUUAUUAAACCAUAAAUAAUUUUGUUUCACAAAUUUUUUCUGAUAAACGGAUAUGCGGCAAUUCAUGUUAAUAUUCUUUUUUUAUAGAGAAUGCUAGUGUGCAAACAUUGUGUUAUUUAUUGAAAGUGCUAAUCUCUCUUUCUUUUUUUUGUUUUAUCAUGAUAUUCAUAGUGGUAAAUUUGAAUUUGUACUGUCAGUUUUUCUGUGGGUUCUAUAGUUUUGAUUACAUUCUUUUUUCUGUGGGUGAUUAUAUCCGAAACAAAGAGCUUAUCGAAGAAAGUUAUUUUUAAUUGUGUUAUUUAUUUAACUGCUAAGCCUUCUUUCUUUCGUUUGGUUUAACUUGAUAUUCAUAGUGGAAAAAUUGAAUUGGUACUGUUAGUUUUUCUGUGGACUUUGUCGUUUUUGAUUACAUUCUUUUUCUGUUGGUGAUUAUAUUCAAAACACAGAGCUUAUUGUUUUUCUUACGUCCCUAUGUAUUGCAUGAUUUUUUUGAAAGGUGGUUAACUGAACAUUUUGAUUAAACAAGGGCCAAGAAUACAAAGUUUUUGUAUUUCUACCAAAAUUUUCAUAGUGCAUUUCAUUAAUUUUUAUUUGAUACAAAUAAACUGUGCCAAAUAUAUUCUAUUUUAUUUUCUGAAUAUUUUCAAUUUGAAAAUUGAUUAUGCUUUAUUUACUUUAUUGUGUUUUUUUGUUGUUUGUCAAGAUCACAGGGGAAAUUCUUGUAUUUGGAGGUUUGAUGCCCCUUCCUGACUGUUCAUGUAAAACCAAAGUAGUCUCUGGAUCCCCCCUUGGUAAGAUUAAUAGAUUCUUGACCAGUGCCUGGUACCUCUCGUAGAACCCCUGUUUAGAGUUGCAUUUUCAAUUGAUUGACCUUGUCAUAAGCUGCUUUUUUCCUUGUUUUCACCCUCCUUUAUUUGCUAGUCCGCCCAUUACCAACUAUUUUUGUUUUGAAUUAUGGUGCUGCAAUUUAUUUAUUUACUUCUUUAUGCCAGCAUCAACAAGUGUUUCAAAUAAUGAACUUACUGAUUUUGUUGACAAAUAUGAGCAUUUCGACUUAUUUUAAUAUUUGUUCUUCUGUGAGUGAUACGAAGCUAAUGCAGGAACAGUACAAAAUUUACGUUUUCUCAAUUUGUUACAAAAUUGAUUUGCAAACACAACAUGUCAGGAUUUAAAUAUGGAUUAGCAAUAAUGAAUGAAAUCAUCAGUUUUUUUUAUUUAGUAAAAUGAGCUCUACUUUAAGAUAUUGUACACAUUCAGACAAGUAACAUAUAAUAUUAAGAAAAUUCAACAAUGAUGAUAUUUAUAUCUUGAUAUGUUCUAGCUGUCUUCAUCUAAUUCUAGAUCUAACAGAACAUUCAAUCAUAAGCUUGCACAGUGUGAAUCCUAUCACUAAAAAUGCUGAUUUCAAGUCUAAAAUAGUCCUAAUCCAAGUAGACGAUAACUAACAUUUUUAUUUUUUCUGUGGACAUUGCAG